GCUCAUCACCAACCUGAACGGGGUCUCGGGCUUGUUGGUUUUGCCGCCAGUCUGACCCCAGUGAAGAAUAAUGAAAGGGAUUUGUGCAGAUGCCUCGGGUAUUGAGGCUUAUGUUGGCCGAUGGCCCCCUACGGCUCCAAGAUCAACCGACUUACAACAGCCAUCCCCUUCAGGCUUCCCCCGUCAACCAACCCCUGGUAUUUCAGACUAUACCAGUUCAGGUUCAGAACAUUAGACAACAAUGGCGGACUCAAAGGCACAAACACCACGGGAUUCCGGCACCUUCGACAAGGAGAAGCCGCUCGACUUUGAUGUGGAAAAGGGUCAACAAUCAGAUCUCGAUGGCGCAACAAUCCAAGCUCAUUCGGAACGGGGUGUAUCAGCCGGCAGUGAUGGAGUCACCGGAGAUAAGGAGACGGAGCAGGAUCCCAACAUCGUCGACUGGGACGGACCCGAUGACCAGGAGAACCCCAUGAACUGGCCCGACAAGAAGAAGUGGCUCAACGUUGGCGUCCUUUCCGUCCUUACCAUCCUUACUCCCCUGGGCUCAUCCAUGUUCGCCCCCGGUAUCCCGAAGAUCUUGAACGAAUUCCAUGAGACAUCUUCCAUCACGGCCACCUUCCUGGUAUCCAUCUACAUCCUCGGCUUCGCCUUUGGUCCCCUCCUGGUCGCCCCCCUCAGUGAGAUGUACGGCCGUAGGCCCCUGUACAACUUCGGCAACAUCCUCUUCACCAUCUUCACCGUCGGCACCGCCCUCAGCAAGAACACGGGCAUGCUCCUCGCCUUCCGUUUCCUCAUGGGUCUUGCCGGUUCCGUGCCCAUCACCAUCGGCUCCGGCUCCAUCGCCGACGUCAUGACGCUCGAGAACCGCGGCAAGGCCAUGUCGCUCUGGGCCCUCGGCCCCAUGCUCGGCCCCUGCAUCGGUCCCAUCGCCGGUGGCUACCUCGAACGCGCGGCCGGCUGGCGCUGGGUCUUCUGGCUGAUCACCAUCAUCGGCGGCUGCCUUAUCCCUUUCUCCUUCCUCUGCCUGCGCGAGACCUACGCGCCCGUCCUCCUCGAGCGCAAGGCCGCCCGCCUCCGCAAGGAGACCGGCAACCCCAACCUGCGCUCCAAGCUGGCCAGCAAGGUGUCGGCGGCCGAGACCUUCAAGACCGCCAUCGCCCGUCCCAUGAAGCUGCUCAUCUUCGAGCCCGUCAUCACCCUCAUGUCGCUUUACGUCGCCAUCACCUACGGCAUCCUGUACAUGAUGUUCACCACCUUCACCUUUGUGUACUCUGAGCACUACGGCUUCGACGAGGGCAGCAUCGGCCUGGCCUACCUGCCCACUGGGCUUGGCAUGUUCAUUGGCGUUUCAACUUUUGGUUAUCUCUCCGACAAGAUCGUCAGGGACCGCCAGGCCAAGGGCCUCGUGCACCGCCCCGAGGUCCGCCUGAUCCCCUGGUUCACCAUCCCUUGCGGUCUGCUUCUUGUCGCUGGCUUGUUUAUUUACGGCUGGACCGUCCAGGAGCACGUCCACUGGAUCGUGCCCAUGCUCGGUGUUCUCAUCUUCUGCGGCUCGCUCAUGGGCAUCAUGAUGUCGGUCCAGUCGUACCUGCUCGAGGCUUUCCUGACGCAGGCCGCCAGUGUUACCGCUGCGCUUGCCGUCCUGCGUUCGCUCCUGGGUGCCCUCCUCCCGCUUGGUGCCCUUGAUCUGUACCAGAGCAAACUCCAUUUCGGCUGGGGUAACUCGCUUUUGGGCUUCAUUGCCUUGGCGUUGGUGCCUAUUCCAUUCGUUUUCUACGUUUAUGGCGAGAGGUUGAGGAAGAAGAGCCGCUUCAACAAGGCCAACUAGGUAGAUACCCAAAUGGGAUAUGUUGGGGUUGUUUUUUUUUGGAAAGCAAAGAGUUGGAUCAAAAGUUGGAGACCAAGAAGUGAGGAGAGCGUUGCAUUUUCUUGCCGGAGUUUUGGGCUUUGAAAUUUCGCAUGAUAUCGAUACUAUAGAGCGAUCACUGAUAGAGAUCGCAUACAUUGCAUGGCGUUUUGGGUACCUAAUAUCUGCAUUGCAAGAUAGUUAGAAGCAGCAACCGUGGGUUGCGAGCUCAGAGUUAUGUUUUGAUGGGAAGAUUUGUAUGAGAUAGGAAGAUGUGAUGGAUGAUGCGAAUGCAAAUUAUCUCAACUCACCUAUGCCGUCUUUGAUAGUCAUGGUAAUAAAAGU